AUGAGUAUACCGGAGCGACGUAACACGGUUGAGCGGCUCGACCGGCCCAGCGCCUACUAUUUAAGCAAGAAUAAAAGGCGCAAGUACAGUUCCGAUGAGUCGGAGGAGCAGAAAGACCCCAUGGAAGGUCUGAGGGAUGCCACGACUCUUUAUGUUGGUAAUCUAUCCACGAGCUCUUCUCCAAGUUCGGUUUCCCAGCCGCACAACCCGGAUCUUUUGCUAACCCGAUUUAGAUGCGGAGAGAUAAAGCGCCUUGUAAUGGGCCUCGACCGAUACAACAAAACUCCUUGCGGAUUCUGCUUCGUUGAAUACUAUACGCAUCAAGACGCUCUUGAUUGCUUAAAAUACAUUGGUGGUACAAAGUUAGAUGAGAGAAUCAUCAGGACGGACCUUGAUCCGGGAUUCGAGGAAGGCCGACAAUACGGACGAGGUAAAUCCGGUGGCCAGGUCCGUGACGAAUACCGAGAAGAGUACGAUCCUGGUCGUGGCGGUUACGGGCGAGCAUACGCGGAUGAUCAACGACGACGUGAAGAAGAGGAGUAUGGAGCCGGUAGGUAG